AUAUAACGUUUAGACCAUGAAGUUUCCACUCAAAUGGUCUCAGAGAUUCAAAAGAACAGCUGUUGUGCGUUAUAGUUCUCCCAGUUUUUUUCAAUAAAUCGAUCAUAUUGUUUUCAUAUAAUUAACUAAUUUCAUGCUUAAGUUAUAAUCAAUAUCUGGAUGUUGACAUUUCGCAGUUUGAAUAAUAUUCAAUUGAGUGAAGUGGCGGUUCUUUUUGUGUGCAUUGUGGAAUUUUAUUGUGCGUUGUGGCGGAGGCGUCCUGGAUUUUAUCGAUAAUGGAUACUGAAGGCCAAGUCCAACAGUACGGAGAAGUCAACCAACUGGGUGGCGUCUUCGUCAACGGACGUCCUCUUCCCAACUCUGUACGACUUCGAAUCGUCGAACUCUCGCAAGUCGGAAUCCGUCCAUGCGAUAUCUCGCGACAGCUCCGCGUCUCACACGGCUGUGUCUCAAAAAUCCUUGCCAGGUACCACGAGACGGGGUCCAUCCUCCCCGGCGCCAUCGGCGGCUCGAAGCCGCGCGUCACCACCCCCAAAGUGGUGGCCUACAUCAAAGACCUCAAGCAAAAAGACCCGGGGAUCUUCGCCUGGGAGAUCCGCGACCGCCUCCUGUCCGACGGGAUCUGCGACAAGUACAACGUCCCCUCUGUGAGUUCCAUCAGCCGGAUCCUCCGAAACAAAAUCGGAUCCCUCGUCCACCCGGCGCCCCAUUCGCACUCCCUCUACAACGCCAUCUACCCCAGCUACCCCUACCCGCAGCAAAAACUCCAAACGCCGCCCCCUCAGCGCCACGCCACGGCCCCCUGUUGGCCCAGUUCGCAUUCAGUGUCGGAUAUUUUGGCGGGAGUGCAUGCGGCGGCCUUCCGGACGCCGCACGGCACGCCCGGAGCGGUCCCCGGAGCCGCGCCGCCGCCCGACAGUGCACAGAACUACAAUUAUUACAUGUACUUGCAAAGUGGCAACACUGCCAUGCACAUGGUCAAUCCCGGGAUUAACUCGCAUCCCUUGACGGCGCCCGGGACGCAUCUCUGAAGCGUGUGAGCGACAAGACGAUUUGCUCGUGUUUUUUAAUUAUGCUUGUGAAGCUUUAAACUGUGUAAUGUUAAGAACAUGUUUGUACAUAAAUAAUUUUAGGAUGCUUGCACACCGUGCCUUGGGACGUGUCGAUGUACGAAUUUUUGACACGAGACCGUUUCUUGAACAAUAUUAUUGUUAAGUAGAUGAGUUAUUUAUUAUUGAUAGUAAUUUAUUUGAAAUUAUCACAUUUAUUGUUUCGAAUUCACGUGAAUUGUAUCUAUCAUUUUUGUUCCAUACGCAAGAUACACAAAUUGUGUUUUUGGAAGAAUUGGGUUAUUUUGUAAAUAUUUUUUCAUGCAACAUGAAAAGUGUAUUACUGCUUGAAAUAUAUUAUUUCCCGAA